CAUGCGCGUGGUAGUGAUUGGAGCAGGGGUCAUUGGGCUGUCCACUGCCCUCUGCAUCCACGAACUCUACCACUCAGCCCAUCAACCGCUGGACAUAAUGGUCUACGCAGACCGCUUCACCCCACUCACCACUACCGACGUGGCUGCCGGUCUCUGGCAGCCCUAUCUCAGCGACCACUUCAAUCCACAGGAGGCGGACUGGAACCAGCAGACCUUCAACUACCUCCUGAGCCACAUCCAUUCUCCCAACGCUGAGAAAAUGGGCCUGACCCUUAUCUCCGGCUACAACCUCUUCCAUGAAGCCGUCCCGGACCCUUCCUGGAAGGAUACAGUUCUGGGAUUUCGGAAGCUGACCCCCCGAGAACUGGACGUGUUUCCUGAUUACAGCUAUGGCUGGUUCAACACAAGCAUGAUUCUGGAGGGGAAGAGCUAUCUGCAGUGGCUGACUGAAAGGUUAACUGAGAGGGGAGUGAAAUUCUUCCAGCGGAAGGUGGAGUCUUUUGAAGAGGUGGCACAAGGAGGCACAGAUGUGAUUAUUAACUGCACAGGAGUGUGGGCUGGGGCACUGCAGCCAGACCCCCACCUGCAGCCAGGCCGGGGACAGAUCAUUAAGGUCAAUGCCCCUUGGAUGAAGCACUUCAUUAUCACCCAUGACCCAGAAAGUGGCAUCUACAAGUCCCCGUACAUCAUCCCAGGGAUUCAGACAGUGACUCUCGGAGGCAUCUUCCAGCUGGGGAACUGGAGUGAGAUAAACAGUAUCCAGGACCACAAAACCAUUUGGGAAGGUUGUUGCAGACUGGAGCCCACUCUGAAGGAUGCAAAAAUUGUUGGUGAAUGGACUGGUUUUCGACCAGUACGUCCUCAGAUUCGUCUAGAAAGAGAACAGCUUUACUUUGGAUCUUCAAACACACAGAUCAUCCACAAUUACGGCCAUGGAGGCUAUGGGCUCACCAUCCACUGGGGCUGUGCGCUGGAGGCAGCCAAGCUCUUUGGGAAAAUCCUGGAAGAAAGAAAGUUGUCCAGGAGGCCACCCUCCCACCUCUAAAGACUCUAGUGACCACGACCUCCACAGGCAUUCCCGCCUCCUCUCA